GUGUGUUUCUUUAGGUUCACGGUACAGAGGAAGGGUCACACUACUACCAGGGUCAUAAAACUACCCCUGGAAAUGCCCACAACUCCUACGAAAGCCUUGUCAAAUGAGUGUUUCUUUAGGUUCAUGGUACAGAGGAAGGGUCACACUACCACCAGGGUCAUUAAACUACCCCUGGAAAUACCCACAACUCCUAUAAAAGCCUUGUUAAAUGUGUGUUUCUUUAGGUUCACGGUACAGAGGAAGGGUCAAGCUACCACCAGGGUCAUUAAACUACCCCUGGAAAUGCCCACAACUCCUACGAAAGCCUUGUCAAAUGAGUGUUUCUUUAGGUUCACGGUACAGAGGAAGGGUCACACUACCACCAGGGUCAUAAAACUACCCCUGGAAAUGCCCACAACUCCUACGAAAGCCUUGUCAAAUGAGUGUUUCUUUAGGUUCACGGUACAGAGGAAGGGUCACACUACCACCAGGGUCAUUAAACUACCCCUGGAAAUGCCCACAACUCCUAUAAAAGCCUUGUCAAAUGUGUGUUUCUUUAGGUUCAUGGUACAGAGGAAGGGUCACACUACCACCAGGGUCACAAAACUACCCCUGGAAAUGCCCACAACUCCUAGGAAAGCCUUGUCAAAUGAGUGCUUCUUUAGGUUCAUGGUACAGAGGAAGAGUCAAACUACAACCAGGGUGAUAAAACUACCCCUGGAAAUGCCCACAACUCCUAGGAAAGCCUUGUCAAAUAUGUGUUUCUUUAGGUUCAUGGUACAGAGGAAGGGUCACACUACCACCAGGGUCACAAAACUACCCCUGGAAAUGCCCACAAAUCCUAUAAAAGCCUUGUCAAAUAUGUGUUUCUUUAGGUUCACGGUACAGAGGAAGGGUCACACUACCACCAGGGUCAUUAAACUACCCCUGGAAAUGCCCACAACUCAUACGAAAGCCUUGUCACGAGGGGUUUUUUCAGACAGAGGAACUGCGCGGCGCCAUACCCUACCGCGUCGCAGUCACGUGAUAAUCCUCGUGAUCAGUAUGACGUAGAUAAACACUUUUUUCCUUCUUCGCCUCAAUGUGCAGCGGAAUACAGGAACAAGCGUGGGCUGUGAGGCAAUUUCCUGUUGAUGAGUGCGGGGGAAAUAACCUCAAGCCCACGGAGGGUCAGGAGGUUAUGUUAAAAAUGUACGCUAUAUGUUAAGGAAUUGACGUGUUUAAAGUCUCUUCCUCUCAUCAACUCCCCUUCUCUUACUGAUAGUCUGCUAUGAGGCAAUUUUCUGUUGAUGAGUGCGGGGGAAAUAACCUCAGGCCCACGGAGGGUCAAGAGGUUAUGUUAAAAAUGUAAGCUAUUAUG